UGUUCGGUUGUUGUCAAAUGAUCUGUUUACCUAUUACGAGAAAAUAUUAUCUUAAGUUAAUUAAAUUUUAAUCAAUUAUUUAAAACCAUGCUUUAAAAGUUGAUUGGUUAGUCUUAUUUGCGUAGACCUUUUUACCCAUUAUUGAUAAUUUUUAUAUCGCUGUAAAAUUGACUGGGCCUUGUGCCAGUUCAUCUGUGCUGAAGUGAUGUUCAACACAAAAUAAGGGUUUGUUACACACCUUAUUCUUGAUGGAGUAAAUUGAUAAUUUUUAUAUUCAUAAAAUGGUUUAGGUUAAACAAAUGUCUAACAAAAUGGAAGAGAGCAAUUCACAACCAUCCUCUUUAGAUACAGAACUACUGUUCUUGAUCACCAAGUAUUUGGAGUCAGGUCCUUGCAGUUUGACUGCUCGGAUUUUAAAACAAGAACUAGUUCAGAAAAAGCUUUUACCGAAGCGUCUCGACUGGGAAGGAGAAGAACAUGAACAAUCAUUAAGUGAAUUUGAACGGAAGUAUCCACACAUUCGUUCAACCCAUCUUCUAGAGAUCUGCAGUCGCAUAGGUCCGAUCCUCGACCGUGAGAUCAAGCCUAAUGUGAACGGACUGUCGACAUUACUAGGAGCUGGACGUCAAAGUCUUCUAAGAACUGCCAAAGAUGUUGAGAAACUGUUCAUGCACGUUGUGGAAUAUUCGGCAAGAUUCAACCAUCGAGCUCUCUACCCACCUGUCACUUGCUCUACUCAUAACAUUGUGAAAGUGUUAAAUGGACGAGAGAACUCUGGACCGUUACCGAGGAGUUAUGCCGUGUCAAAUCAGCUGUACAGCAAAACCCAGCUGUUGUGCUGUACACUGGGACAUUUAUCGGCGGUCUACUGCCUGCUGUUUGAUCGUACCGGCAAUUAUGUCAUCACUGGCGCAGACGACUUGUUGGUCAAAGUGUGGAGUGCUAUAGACGGCCGGUUGCUGGCUACUCUGAGGGGAGCGUCGGCCGAGAUCUCAGACAUUGCUAUCAACAUGGAGAACACAUUGUUGGCGGCCGGCAGCAUAGACAGGCUCAUACGAGUGUGGUGCCUUCAGACUGCUGCUCCAGUGGCAAUACUGACAUCUCACACAGGCAUGAUCACUGGUGUCAACUUCUGUCCGGGAGUCAUAGACGGGAGAUAUUACUUAGCCUCCACCAGCUCCGACGGCUCUGUCGCUAUCUGGGGAUACUCGACCAAGAACAAAGUUACCACUUUUAACCCCAAGCCGAUCCAGUUCAUCGAGCGCACAAGGCCCGGCAGCGCACAGAUGAUCAGUGCUGCAUUCAGCAGUGGGGGGAUGUUCCUGGCGGCCGGCAGUGCGGACCAGUACGUGAGGGUGUACAAGUUGUCCGGUCCGACGGGACCUACUCGGGUACUGGAGGUGGAGGCUCAUAGUGACCGUGUAGACAGCAUCCAGUGGGCCAAUCAUGGGCUGCGGUUCGUCAGCGGCAGCAAGGACGGGACAGCACUCAUCUGGAGAUAUAGCAGACAGCAAUGGAAGAAUCUGAGGCUUAGCAUGGCUACCAAGUUACCAAGAAAGACAAAUGUAGCGGAGGACGUACCUCAGGGAGAAGAAGAAGCCAAACAGAAGGUGAAGGUGACCAUGGUGUCGUGGGACUGUCGGGACAAGUGGGUUGUGACUGCAUGCAGUGACCACACUCUCAAGGUUUGGGACUCUUUCACUGGGACAUUACUGCAGCUCUUAUCAGGCCACAAGGAUGAAGUGUUUGUAUUGGAAGGCCAUCCUCAUGACAAUCAGAUCUUCAUGAGUGCCGGACACGAUGGUUUGAUCCUCUUGUGGAACGUCGUCUCAGGCAAGAUGAUUGCUUCGUUCCAGAACAACAUAGAGAACCAGGGUCACGGAGCUGUGUUUGACGCCAAGUGGUCGCCUGAUGGUACGAUGCUAGCGGCCACAGACAGUCACGGACAGAUACUCAUGUUCGGACUGGGCAGUAAACCAGCUCGAAUGUUACAGUUGCCCAAAGAGUUAUUCUUCCACACGGACUACCGGCCAUUGGUGAGAGAUGCCAGUCAUGCUGUGCUGGAUGAACAGACGCAGAUGGCGCCACACCUGAUGCCUCCACCGUUCCUGGUGGAUGUAGACGGCAACCCCUACCCACCCCAUCUGCAACGGCUAGUCCCCGGCAGGGAGAACUGUACUACGGAACAACUGGUGCCCAACAUCAUCUUCAACCAGGAGGGCCAGCAAGAAGUGAUCCAGGGAGUUCAAGAUGCAAGAUCUCACAUCGACCAGAUGAUACUAGCGUUGGCACAUCAGGUGAACCCACAGCAACCUUCACAGCACCGGCUGGCCACUACGUCUCCACGGACACAGCGUACAGGAGCUCGUAGAGAGGGAGAUGUGGAAGGAGUCAGACAAUCUAGAGGUAACUGGCAGAGAGAUGAGAUACGAUGGACACAGAAGGUGAUGGUCAAACCUCUGGACCUGGCAUCGUUGAACACUGCUAGAGCCAAGAUUGACUUCUUGGGCGAACUUGAACUGGAAGAUUAUGAAAGGGAGAGUUUGAAGCCAAUAGAAGAAGUGCCACAAGUUCCUGUUCCAAAGCCAACCGAGAAGAAACUGAUGAAGAAGAGACCACAUGCCUACAGGACUAGGGCUGUGAGAGAACAACAACUGGUAUUGGAAUAUGAGGAUCCGAACAACUUGGAACUGUCAGGUUCGGAGGAGCAAGACAACCACAGUGACGACUCCACCGCUUGCUCUGACAACCUGGACUCCGGGUCGUCCAGUUCCAGCGAGUCUGCCAGUUCAGAAUAUUCCGACUGGGUGAGGGAUGAGGGAGAGGUGCUGGAGCCGCCCAAGCGACGCAGCAAACGAAUACAGAAACCUGUGCCUAAACCGGUCAAGAAGGAGGAACCCCAGGAGGUGCCAGAAGGUUACCGACCGUCGGAGUGGUUGUCAGCAGUCAUCCCCAAGAAGUUCCCGUACUACCCUCAGAUGGGAGAUGAGGUGAUGUUCUUCAAGGAAGGCUACCAGUUGUAUCUGGACGCUGUGCUGCAUCGUAAGAUAUACCAGCCUACUCCUGCUCAGCUGCACCCCUGGGGGAAAAUCAACAUCAAGGAGCCUGAGCUAGUGAAGGUGGUAGGAAUAAGAUACGAAGUACGACCUCCUCACUUGUGCUGCUUGAGGCUCGGAGUCAUGAAACCCAACGGACAACUGACCGGUGAAUACUUCCACAUCAAGUACCACGAUAUACCCGACGUCAUUGACUUCUUUGUGCUACGGCAAACCUACGACACUGCGCUGGACCGCAGAUGGGAAAUUGGAGAUCGUUUUAGAAGCAUGAUUGAUGAUCACUGGUGGUGGGGGAGAAUAGACGGACGAAGGUUUGUCAACGAAUCGUCUGAUUUUUUAAAAUAUCGCAUCAUCUGGGACAACGGGGAAAGUGAGUUUAUGAGCCCUUGGGAUAUGGAGCCUGUAGAACCAACAGCGGAGCCUGUAGAAGUGGGGGGAUCAAUUCCAGUGUCGUCGAGUGAGAUAGCGGCCAUCUUGUAUCGCCCGAGGCCGGACGAGUGGCCGCUGGGUGACAGAGACGCUGCUUGUGAGAGGAUCCUCAUGGGAUUGGACCAGGUGAUGGAGCUGUCUGUUGCCGAGCCUUUCAUCGCUCCCGUCGACCUCAACCGUUAUCCGUCCUACGCCACUGUGGUUGAGUACCCCAUCGACCUGUCCACUAUCAAGGCAAGGUUUGAGCACAGGUUCUACCGUAGGAUUGCGGCCGCACAAUUUGACAUUCGCUACCUCGCCACCAACACGGAGAAGUUCAACGAGGCCCACAGCCACAUCGUCAAACAGGCUCGCAUUGUCACCGACCUCUGCCUCAAAAUUGUCAAGGAGACCUGCACAGUGGACGUGUCGUCACUCUACCGCCAACUGUUAGAGAGCUACAGGUCCAGUGACUCCGAGGAGGUUGGUGAGCCUGGCCCGUCCACCAGCCGACACAGGAUGAAGGCAGCGGCCGCCAGGUCCAUGCGGGCGAUGAGAGCUUCCCGACGAGAGGCCUCGCGCCAGACUGGUCCCUUCGACUGGAAGCGGGAGUGCAGAGAGUUCUUGGAGAUGCUGUGGGCCUGUAGGGACUCAGAACCAUUCAGGGAGCCUCUAGACAGGCUGGAACACCCUGACUACUAUCGCACAGUGGACACCCCCAUGGACCUUGGUACUAUGAGGGAGGAGCUACGCGGAGAUAACUACGAGAGCCCUGAGGACUUUUGUGAUGACCUGCGUCGGAUAUUUGCCAAUGCCAAGAAAACCACGGACAAACGAUCAAGGGUAUACACAAUGGCUGUGAGAUUGUCAGCACUCGCUGAGACAAAUAUGAACAGAAUAUUAAACACCUGGAACAACUUAAACAAAAGAGGUGGGAAGAAAAGCCAAAGAAGAAGAAAACUGUUGAUGUCUGAUGAUGGCAACGGUUCAGUGAGCGAGUACGAACCUCCGAGUACAAAAGGUCCAAGAAAAGGCACAUCAUCUAGAUUCAAGUCAGUUCUCAAGAGGCCUUCAAGAUUGAGGGAGAAUAGUGAUAAUGAAGAAAGCAACAAUGACAGUGAUGUGGACUACCAUCCCAAAGCAGGAGGCACAGCUGUCAACGGGUUUUCAAGAAAGCGGAAAGUGGUGUCUCGUCAACCCAAAUUAAAUGGCUCUAAUAAAAGGGAAAAUGAUCUGAGGAUGAGAGUAACAAACAAUGUAAUCGUGAACCUGAGUAACGCAUUCAACCCGAGCAUGCCUUCUACGAGCAAAACUGUGGACAGCAUAGUGGUGAAACGUGCCAAGAUGAUUCAUGUGGAGAAAAACAAUGAUUCAAGUGAAGAUGAUGAAGAAGAAGAGAUAUUAAAUCAUAACAGUAAACGACCAAACAACAGUAGGAAAAUUCAAGACUCUGAGUCGGAGAAUGAGGAAGGAACCGAAAACACCACCGCUAACAGUGCAGUUGGUAGUGACGAUGAAAAUGUGGAAGAUGAAGAAGAAGGUGGUGAAGUGGAGGAUGAAGACAGCGAGAGUGAAGAAAGUUCAGAUAAUGAAAGUGAUGGUUUCAAACCAGAUGAAGAGGAAGUGGAAGAGGAGAAACCUACGAGGAAGACAGUGAAAGUGCUCUAUCCCAAGAGAAGAUUAUCAAAAGAAACAGACAGUGAAAACUCAAAAGAGAAUUGUGUAAAUAGUAAUUACCAAAAUAGGUCGGGUUCCCUCAGAACAAGAACUUCUCGGACCAAAGUAAAAGGAAAGUAUCCGCUGCGACAGACAACAAAGAAGAAUCUAGCGGAACACAGCUCGGAUGAAAGUGAUGAAGAUUUUCACAAGAAAACACGAAGAACUAGUCAAAGAGUGGCAAAUGGCUCUGCUACUUAUUUUGAAAAUUCAAGUGAAAGUGAAAACUCAGAUGAAGUAGUGGUAGAUGAUAGUGUAAACGAAGAUGAAGCCUACUCCCCCCCUCCUUCGAGUAAGUUUAACUGCCGGGGACGAAAACGACGCAGAUCUUCGGAAUCUACUGAGUGGGGCUCGGGUAAGAGAGUCACAAACAGACUGAGAAACGGUGGUUCUAAAAGAUCUCGUGACAGUGACAAUGGCCCCAGAACUAGAAAUUUGCGAAAACGGGAAAGUGUGAGAAGAAAUAGUGACAGUGAAUUGACACCUGAUUCUAACAAUUCAGAUAGUGACAAUACACCUGCUAUCAGUGUUAGCAGCCGAGGAAGAGUUAGGAAAUUAACACCUAGAGCCAGAGCGCUACUUAGAGAUUGAGGUUUAAUUUUCAGGUAGUGUAGGUGAUUCAUCAACCACUCAUUUUGAUAAAAGUAUAUUUUUUGUAACUAUAAAAAUUAAAAAAUCUAUUACGAUUGUUUAAAUGUCCAAAAGUGUAAAAGUGAAUGUAUAUUAUUAGAAUUAAAUGUUUUUCAAGUUUAAGUUAGCCAUAGUAUCUUUGUUUUAGCUUGUUUUUUUAUUUGUGUCUGUAAGUAUAAUCAUGUGAACAUUUAAAUUAACACUAAGAAAAAAUAAUCUAUUGAAUGUAAAAAAAACAAGACAUGUUUUUCAUGACUUCAGGUGGUUAUGAAGAGCAUUUUUUCUAGUGAUUCUGGUAUUGUAUACAAGCGUUGAUAUAUGUCAUAUCCUAAGACAUGUUGUAGACAAAAUAUUGUAACUAAACAACCUUUUUUCAAACUGAUCCAAACUGUGACACUUUGUUCGUUUUUUUUCAAAAGAAAAUUGUAAAUGAUUGAAAUAGAAUAGUUUAACUAGUCUUCUUGUAAUGUAAGUUUGCGUUGUAUUAUGUGCUAUUUUAUGUUUAAUUGUAAUUUUUUAGGCUGUUAAAUGAAGCAUAAAAUGACUACUGUGAUCAAUUUUUGACUUUGUGUAAAUAUAUUUUUUUAAUGUUUGUAAAACAAAUUGUAUAAACAGUGUACUGUAAUUUUUCUUAUGAAACUUGUUUUUUUUUUCGAUUUUAUGAACCGACCUUGUUUUGUUGGGAUCUCCUGUUUACUUUCGUGGUUUCUCUAAUCAGAGAUUCUAUGUGGUUCUAUCUGUAGAGACCGCAUAAUUUGUUGAACAUUUUGUUAUGUAAUAAAGUUACUAAGCUUUUCCCAAAGAAUUUUCUAGACACAGUUUGGUCAUAGAUGCAUGCAAACUUAAUGGUUUAUCUUUGUUGUCUAAACCUCCAAUGGGAUUUGAAGGAAUUCAAAAUCACUUAAAAAUAAUAAUACAUUAAAUCAACACUAUUUCCAUGGCUGGAUCCAAACGAAUUAAAAAUAGUUAUUCUGACCUUGUUAGAUUUAAGGUCAGUGAGAGUCAAGCAAGGUUUUGUAGUAAUAGACAAUAUCAUAAAAUUAAUGAACUAUCAUAAAAACAGAAAUUUAUACAAUAAUGUGUACUCUUUUAGCUAUAUGUAACAUCAAACUUGAUUUAAGAUCAGCAAAAAACCGUACUAAGAUUGCUGGUUCCAUGAAAUAGAAAAGACAUAACAUACUAUCUGAAAUUUCCCUAAAUUUAAGGAUUAUAAACCCAACCGAUUUUACUUUAAAGCCUUAUUAUGUUUUAUUCUAAGUGUUAUGCUACUUUGAAUUUAUUUUCCCAUUUAAACUAUUAUCAAGGAGAUUACAUUUAAUAAUUCAAAUAUAAUGUAAGAUCAUAAUCGAUCAAAUUUUAGCUAGUAGCAAAAAUUAUAGCUUGGUAAAUCAUCCUUUUUUUUGUAUUUAUAAAAAAAUAGUUGUAAAAAUUCAUGGCAUGGUGGAAAGAGGAUCCAAAAAUUGUGAAACCUUUUUUAGGACUUUCCUUGAUUAGUUGUGCUUAGUUUUCAGGUUCUAAAAAAGUAAAAGCUAAUUUUAAUGGUAUUUUAUAGAAACAUUUUAGUCUGGUUUUUAGUUCAAGUAUUUUUUUUUUUUAUUGAGGGAUACAAAAAUGUACAUUUGUAGUAUUUUUUAGUACAGUUAGUAAUUGCUUUUUGGAGAGUUAAUUCUGAACUUAAUUGUUUAUGCUUGAAUAUUCUAACACUGCCAGAUGUACCUAAAUUUCCCUUUACAAACGUUUUUACUUUAUAGGCUAACAAUUAUUUAGUGUUUUAAUUUGUGUACUCUAAGAAUCUGUGGAAUGAAAGUGUUGAGUACUUAUAUGGGUUAUAUUAUUUUUUGCAUGGACAAAAAUUUAAGUAAAAUAUCAGAAUUGUGUACUAUUUUUUAUAAUUUAAAUUUUAUGAGAAGAUUCGUAUUUUAGUUAAACCUGAAGCAAUCCUCAAUAUUCAAUGUUGAAACAAGUAGAGAUUAUGGAUAUUUUAUAGUUUUUCAUGCAAACACAAAACAUUUUUUCUGUUUUAUGUUUGUGUUUGAUACAUUUUACAAGACUGAGCACCUUGUACUAUUUAACUGUAAAAAAGUUAGUUGUAGUUAAUUAUCUGUGUACUUCUAUUUUGAAAUAAAAUGUUUUUAUUGAA